AUGGCGUGUGUCCGCUUCUCGUCUUUCAGCUUGUACCUCUUCAAGCUGGGGCUGGCUCCUCAGAUCCAGGACUUGUACGGCAAAGUGGAUUUCACUGAGGAGGAGAUCGACAACAUGAAGCGGGAGCUGGAGAAGUACGGCCUGCAGCUGCCUGCCUUCAGCAAGAUCGGGGGCAUUUUAGCUAACGAGCUCUCGGUGGACGAAGCAGCAGUCCAUGCUGCAGUGCUGGCGAUCAACGAAGCGGUGGAUCGGGGGGUGGUGGCGCAGACGAUGGUGGCCCUCCGUAACCCCAGCGCGAUGCUCCUCAACCUGCGCGAGGCGCUGGCUGGUGCCUACCAGGAGAUGCUCCACCGGGCGAAGCUGGAGAAGAGCAGCAAUGCCAGGAACAGGUACCUGCAGGUCAUCCCUGAGGGAGAGGACAUCUACGACCGGUGUCUGACCCAGGCUGAAAUCCAAGGGAACAUCAACAAAGUGAAUGUGCACGGAGCUCUGGAGGAGGUGGACGAUGCCCUGGAGAACCAGGACGCGCCGGCGCUGUACCGUGUGCUGCAGGACCCCGUCCUGGCCCUGCGCUGCCUCCAGCGGGACAACCUCCACCGCUACUUGGAGCAGCUCACCGUGGACCGAGAGCAGAAGGCGCUGGGCGAGCUGGUGCAGGAGGAGCUGUUCGUGGCUGUGGAGAUGCUUUCGGCCGUGGCGCUGGUUAACCGAGCUUUGGAUGCCAGGGAUGCCGACGGGCUCUGGAGCAGCCUGGUCAGCCCUGCCCUGGGUCUCUCCGGCGUGGAGGACGCAAACGCGCAGCGGUAUUUUGAGGACUUACUGCGGCUGAAAGGCCAAUCCAGGGAAGCGGGAGCUGAGUUCCUGAGCUGGAAUGACAUUCAGGACAGUGUGACCAACACCAAUUCAUCAGUGGAAGACGAAAACGACCGAGUCCUGGCUGUCCGGCUGAUCAACGAGGCGCUGGUGCAGGCGGACCCCGAGAAGACGCUGGCAGCGUUGCGGCGGGAGAAGAGGCUGGCGCCGUUGCCCCUGCCAGCGGCCGCUCUGCCCAACGUCACCCUCCCGACCGCUCAGCGCUAUCACCACGUCCUGGCCCGGGCGCGAAGGCUGAAAGCCCAGGCCACAAAGGACGAUGGAGCUGUUCUUUGGUGGGAAGAGAUCCAGGAUGGGGUCUGCAGAGCCAACCAGGACACGGUGGCAGCCAGGAGGAUGGCUCUGGGCACUGCCGCCAUCAACCAGGCUAUCAAGGAGGGGAAGGCGGCGCAGACCCUGCGGGUGCUGCGCAACCCCGACGUGGCCCUGUGCGGCGUGGUGAGUGCCUGUGCCGCAGCGUACCAGGAGCACCUGGCAGCUCUGAUGGCCACCAAGAGACAAACAGUGGGGUUGCUGGAGAGACACCGAGACUCCCCGGGCACUGGAGACUGUGACCGCUCUUUGGGCAGGGCGGAUUCCCACCACCACUACUAUAUGAUUCUACGAUACACUCUGAGAGAUGCUCUGAGGACUAGGGCCCUUCCAGCCCUGACUCACAUCCAGGCUUGUUGGAGAGGCUACAAACAGCGCAGAACUUACCAGGAGCGGCUGCGCUACCUGCAAGCCAACACAGACGCUGUGAUAAAGAUCCAGGCGGGCGUGAGGAUGUGGCAGGCUCGGAGAAAGUACCAGGAGAGGCUGCGCUACUUCAGGAAGAACAUUAAAGCUGUAAUUAAAAUCCAGGCUUUUGUGCGAGCUAACAAGGCCCGUGGGGAUUACAGGAUGCUGGUCCACGCCAGGAGCCCGCCGCUGAGCAUCGUCCGGCGCUUCAUCCACUUGCUGGAGCAGAGCCAGCACGACUUCUGGGAGGAGUCGGAGGUGCUGCGGCUGCAGGAGGAGGUGGUGAAGAGGAUCCGCGCCAGCCGGCAGCUGGAGAGCGACCUGGACCUCAUGGACAUCAAGAUCGGGCUGUUGGUCAAGAACAGGAUCACGCUGCAGGAGGUGGUCUCCCACUGCAAGAAGCUGACCAAGAAGAACAAAGAGCAGCUCUCGGAGAUGAUGUGCAUAGACAAGCAGAAGGGGCUCAAGUCGCUCAGCAAGGAGAAGCGGCAGAAGCUGGAGGCCUACCAGCACCUCUUCUACCUGCUGCAGACCCAGCCUAUGUACUUGGCCAGGCUGAUCUUCCAGAUGCCCCAGAACAAGUCUACCAAAUUCAUGGAGUCGGUGAUCUUUACACUUUACAACUAUGCAUCCAACCCACGGGAGGCUUACCUGCUGCUCCAGCUCUUCAAAGCGGCGCUGCAGGAGGAGAUCAGGUCCAAGGUGGACCAUGUCCAUGACAUCCUGACGGGGAAUGCCACGGUGAUCCGGCUGGUGGUCAGCUUCUAUCGCAACGCGCGUGGCCAGAAUGCCCUACGGCAGAUCCUUGGUGGCCCGGUGCAGGAGGUCCUGCAGGACAAGAGCCUCAGCAUCCGCACCGAUCCUGUGGACAUCUACAAGGCCUGGAUCAACCAGACCGAGUCGCAGAGUGGGCAGAGAAGCAAGCUCCCGUACGAGGUCAGCCCUGAGCAGGCUCUCAGCCACCCCGAGGUCCAAAGGCGGCUGGAUAUUUCUAUCCGCAACCUCCUUGCGAUGACAGACAAGUUUGUUUCUGCCAUCACCUCUUCUGUCGACAAGAUCCCCUAUGGGAUGCGCUACGUGGCCAAAAUCCUGAGGACCUCCUUGGCUGAGAAAUUCCCCAAGGCCUCGGUGGAGGAGAUCGACAAGAUUGUGGGGAACCUGCUCUACUACCGCUUCAUGAACCCUGCCGUGGUGGCCCCUGAUGGCUUCGACAUCGUGGACAUCUCUGCCGGGGUGACCCUGCAUCCCGACCACCGCCGCAGCCUGGGCUUCAUCGCCAAAGUGCUGCAACACGCGGCUGCCCACAAGGCCUUCGAUGGGGAGAAUGCGCAUCUCUGUGGGGUGAACCAGUACCUGGAGGACACCCACAACAAGUUCAGGAGGUUCAUCUCUGCUGCUUGCUGUGUCCCAGAGCCAGAAGAGAGGUUUAAUAUGGAUGAGUACUCGGAGAUGGUGGCGGUGGCCAAACCGGUCAUCUACAUCACAGUGGGGGAGCUCAUCAACACGCACAAGCUCCUGCUCGAGCACCAGGACUGCAUCGCGCCGUGCCACGGAGACCCCCUGCAUGAGCUUCUGGAAGAUCUCGAUGAGCUUCCUACGGUCCAGUCCCUUGUUGGGGAGAGCGUUGCCAGCCCAGUGGACAGCAGUGCCGAGCAGGCGCUCUCCCAGCUCAGCAAGAUGGAGAUCUCCCUCACCCUCACCAGCAAGCUGGUGCCGGCGGCCAGCAGCGAGGAGAGCGAUGCGAGGAGUUUGCUGCUGAGCACCAAGCAGAUGCUGGUGGAUGUGAUCCAGUCCCAACCAGGAGAUUCCCUUCCGGAGAUCCUGUGGACCCGGGCCUCGGAGCACGAGGAAGCCUCCCACGACCGUCUCAUGCACAGGCGAGCGCUGCGGGACGCCCAGACCCCUGCCAAGCUGAAACGCAACCGCUCCCUGGCUGCCAACAGCCAACUGUCCAUGGAGGAGAAGAAGCGCAAGAUCAUCCGUAACCUGCGGUGCUUGGAGAGCCUGGGGCUGGUGGAUUCUACCCAUCAGUACCAGGAGCUCAUCAACGAGCUGGCUAAGGACAUCCGCAACCAGAGGCGGUACCGGCAGCACCGCAAAGGGGAGCUCCUGAAGCUGAGACAGACCCUGCAGGGCCUCAACGCCAAGACCUUGUUUUACGAGGAGCAAAUUGAUUAUUACAACCAGUACAUCAAGACCUGCCUCGACAACCUGGCAGCCAGCAACAAGGUCAGCGGGAAGAACAAGAAGCUGCCGUCGCUGCACUACACGGCGGCGCGGCUGUUCGAGAAGGGGGUGCUGCUGGAGAUCGAGGACUUGCCGCUCAGCCAGUUCAGGAACGUGAUUUUCGACAUCGUCCCCUGCGAGGAAGCGGGCAGGUUCCAGGUGAAAGCCAAAUUCAUGGGGAUCGACAUGGAGCGGUUCCAACUGCACUACCAGGACCUGCUGCAGCUGCAGUACGAGGGCGUAGCCGUCAUGAAGAUGUUCGAUAAGGCCAAGGUCAACGUCAACCUGCUCAUUUUCCUCCUCAACAAGAAGUUCUUCAAGAAGUAA